AUGGUCCAUUAUGAUGAUCGCGACCCGCUCCAUGAGUGGGCACAUAGAUGGGAUCAUCUCAUUCCCCCUCUCGAUCAUGCUAAAUGGGAGAUUAUCCAGAAAUUUGGCGGCUGGACUCAUUUCAUGCUUCACUUCCGUUUCACUUGGCCCCUGGACAGAUUUGAGAUGAAAGAAGCUAUGGCCAUCCUUGAGAGGCUGGUCAAAGAUUACGAUUCCGACCCUGAAUCCCCUCCACGUAAACCCCGAGACGGCACCUGCAAUAGCGCCAACUGA